UCAAAAACUUGAAAUAAUCAAUGACCUUAGCCUUAAUAAAGAUGUAAGAUAUAAAGGAUGUUAUAAGGAAAGUCCUUAUUGUAAUCAAAGAAUGUUAAAUGGUACAUCAGAGGAACACUCCGGAAUGACAAUUGAAGAUUGUUUAAAAUUUUGCGGAGGAAAUAAUUUCAAGUAUGCAGGACUCGAGGUAGGGUCGCAGUGUUUUUGCGAUAAUGAUUAUAGAAGUCUAACCAGACUUUCCAUAGAAGAAUGUAGUUCUAGUUGUGAAGGUAAUAGUUCGCAAAUCUGUGGGGGUCCUUUGGCCCUUAGUAUAUAUAAUGCUUCAGAUUUUAUACCAUCUCCAAAUGUUCCUCCACCGUCUUCACCAGGUGGUCUUUCAGGUGGUCAAAUAG